GUUUUACCUGCCCUUCGUGGUGACUGUUUAGCUGAAAGUAGCCACAGUUAUCCUGUCUGUGAAAGCUAUUCGAGUAAGCGAGUGUAAAGCUGACAUGCUAGCCAGGUAACGGUAGCUAACUCUUUUAGCUGUGGUAAAGGAUUGAGCGGUGUCGCCAAAAACUUUCGAAGCUAGGGACAUCCAACAACUUACCCACAAGACCAGUGGGUGAAAAAAGACAGGUGGACAAAGAGGGGGAAAAAAGGACUACAAUGCAUCAGACUAUAUAACAUCACUGCUGCACAUGGCUUUGUUUAAAAGAUGCAAAAUGGGAAAGGAGGUCUAUCUGCAGAGAAUCUGGAGGUGGGAGAGGUCUCUACAAGCAGCCCCGGCCAAGUGCGGUGACACCUCGGUGACAUACACGGGGCUUCUUUUUGGAAUGAGUUGAUUUUGCCCCCAUAUUGACACAAAGACUGAAGGCAGGGGCCUCAAAAGAUCCAGGGGACUCCACCUGGCUAUUUGAGCUAUUUUACUUGUAAAGGCAAGGCUAGACAUCAUUUUUAAUUUUUUUUUUUUUUUUUUUUUUUUUUUUAAGCAGCUUUUUAAAAAAUUAAUUCCAGCUGGACUUUUGUUUGAUGUUGAGCCACUUCACACAACUGGUUUAAAAUUUAAAUUUGUUUAGUUGUUUUCCCCUGCUGACUUAGUUUGAAACGCUGGAACUGUCCCUCCUGCCGCCAUCCCCAGUUUCUUCCACCCACCCAGUGCCUAAAUAAGCCCUCUUGGGACAAUCACAGAAGUCAUCAGCAGCUGCUACGCUCAAUCCUCUGCCUGUUCUCCUUCAUGUGCUUCUGCUCUCAGUCUGCAGGCUAUCCACCCACUACCUCUUUUAAUUUUCUUGUCUUUUCUUUUUAUAUUCAUUUUCUCAGAGAGGCAUAAUCAAAACUUGAGCACAGUGACAAGCAUUAAUGUAAACACAGAGUUUCAGGAGUGGAAAGAAACUUAGAUUUCUCUAAUUUUAAUCAUGUAUGUGAGUGUCUGAGCUUUUGGGUACUUGCACAGCGGUGUUAGGGUUGCACUGGUGCAGUUAAAGAGUAGAUUUAUUUAUAUUAUUGCACCAAAUACAGUUACAUUAAAGCCAUACAAAAAUAUUUAUGAAUUACCAACACAUAUUUUUGUAUUACAUUGCUCUUGUAUAGUAUUGCUUUUUUACGCUUCUAUUAAGAUUAUGCACACAAAUUAAAUAUUUACAACAAACUGCACACAUGCAAGUAGAGCUGUCCAUGGCUAUAUCAACAUUCUUUGUUUUUGAGUGAUUAUAUUAGUGCUGGGAGACGUUUUGUGUGUGGACUCAGAAAAUCCCGCAUGUUUCUAAUGAGUUGCUGCUUUGCAUAGUGUUGGUUUUCUUUUCCGGUCUAUAGUCAUGGCCCCUCCUCCCAAACAAACACCGUAUUUGCCAUUUUGACCUGUAAAGCACCCUUUACAGUAGAUAGAAGGUAGAUAUCUACCUCUCUCUCUCUUUCUGUCUUCCUCCCCUCUCUCUCUGUCUCUGAUGCCGGGCUUCAGUGGUGGGGGGGUUGGGGGAGGAGUAGGUGGUCCCGCUUCUGCUCCUCCCCGUCCAUUUCGACCCAGCCGAUAUGUCCCGGUGUCUGCAGCCACCACUUUCCUUGUUGGAUCCACCACCCUGUUCUUCUGCUUCACGUGCCCAUGGUUGUCAGAAUAUUUCUCCUCUGUCAUUCCCAUCUACAAUGCCGUGAUCUUCCUCUUCACCCUCGCCAACUUCUGCAUGGCCACGUUCAUGGACCCUGGAGUCUUCCCCAGAGCGGAGGAGGAUGAGGAUAAAGAGGAUGAUUUCCGCGCUCCGCUCUAUAAGACAGUGGAGAUCAAAGGCAUCCAGGUGCGCAUGAAGUGGUGCUCAACCUGCCGCUUCUACCGCCCGCCACGCUGCUCGCACUGCUCAGUCUGCGACAACUGUGUGGAGGAUUUUGACCACCACUGUCCUUGGGUGAACAACUGCAUUGGACGGAGGAAUUAUCGCUACUUCUUCCUCUUCCUGCUAUCACUUACCACCCACAUCAUAGAUGUGUUUAGCUUUGGCUUGAUUUAUGUCCUGCACCACCGCCAGCAGCUGGACACGCCACAUGCUGCUGUUACUAUGGCUGUGAUGUGCGUAGCUGGUCUGUUUUUUGUCCCAGUUGCUGGCCUGACUGGGUUCCACAUAGUGCUGGUGGCCCGCGGCCGGACCACAAAUGAACAGGUGACAGGAAAGUUUCGGGGUGGUGUUAAUCCUUUCACCAACGGCUGCUUGAGGAAUAUUUCACAUGUGCUCUGCAGCUCCCAGGCCCCCAGAUACAUGGGUCGGUGGCGGAGCCCUCAAUCAGUGGAAGUACAGCCACCAUUUCUUAGACCGCCUCUCACUGAGGCCCAGUUAGAAGCCAAGGUCCUGGACAACGGCAUCCAGAAUGACCGACACAGCACCAGGUCCAAGAGCAGUCUAGAUCAGAUGGAGAGCCAGUCAGCUGAUGCAGAGCCUCCACCUCCUCCAAAGCCGGAGCUGCGUUACCCUGGCCUUCCCCGUGCUGACACAGAGGAGAGCAGUUUGCUGACUGAAGCUCCACCUACGCCAUCAAUGUACAAGUACAGACCAGCCUACAGCAGCCCGGGAAGGAACCACGCUGCCCUCACACAUCCCAACAAGAUGAUUCGUGGGGAGAGUCUUGACUCUCCAUCUCCCUCCAUCCUCCAGUCCAGCCGUCAUCCUAGCUACCGCUCGGAGCCAAGCAGCCUGGACGGGGCCACAGUGGUGGGAGGAGGUGUAGGGGCGCGCAGAGGGGGAGGGGAGAGGGGUGAGGGCCCCGGAGGCCCUGGCGGGACUGCUGGGGGGGUGUCAGGCGGCAUGUCAGGUUACUCCCUGACUGGGCGCUCCUACACCUCCUACCCAUCCUCUCUCGUUCUGUCCACUGGUGGCUCACGCUCCUCAAGCCUACGCUCAGCGCACACAGCACAUAACCCGCUGACGACGCUCCAAUCAGAAGGCACCACAGACACCAGCUACAAAAGCCUGGCCAAUCAGACGCCUCGGAAUGGCAGCCUGUCCUAUGACAGCCUUCUGACACCAUCCGAGAGCCCAGAGUUCGAGUCGGCUGCCCACGAGCUGUCGCCGCAGAAGCCUCAUGCUCCGUUUCCUUCGGCGACCAUAACAGGCCGGCCUGAGGUGGUGUCACCCAGUACCCCGCUGCAGGGCUACAUGUCGCCCUUCCUCUCAGCUCAGAUCGCCCAGCAGAGGGAGGGGCAGCUUCUCCAGGGCUCUGCCACUUUCUCCUCCCCUCACAGGGCCUACCUGCGUGCCGUCAGCCCGCCCCCUCCCUCCUCCGCUGGGCCUCCUGAGACCCAGCACCUGCUCCAGCAUAACCAGGACUCCUCUUCCCGAGGCCCUCGUAGCCCUUCCUCCUCAUCCUCAUCCCCUGGGGCUCGCUCACUAGAGCCCCCUGUCUCCCCACCACCUCGUGGGCUCUCUCUCGGCAAGUCCCAGUCUUACACCGGGGAGGCAGGGCCUCAGCACAAGACUCGACACGCAGGAGGAGGCACUGUGCUGGGAGGGGGAGGAGCCGGAGGAGGGCAACAGGCUCCACAAUCCACCUCUCGCCCAGUGUUGGCCAAUCACACCACAUCCAAACCAGGGGGCGGGGUGAAGAAGGUGACGGGCGUCGGAGGGACCACUUACGAGAUAUCGGUUUGAGUGACAGACGUUCUUCAAGGUCUAUCACUAGGAGCGGGGAGAAAGCCACUGGACUUCUUCCACUUGUCUCUUCCUUGAGCUGGAUAUUUUCCACUACUGCAGGCUCCUGAAAUAUGACGGUUUUUCCACUCAACAGACUAAAGGAGCACUCCUGUCUGGUACUCACUUUGUUAUCUUUGUAACGCCACCGGUCAUUCUUCUCUGCCAGCCUUUCAGAUUUGAACAAAGAGGAACUGGGGACACUGGUUCAUUUUUUUUCACAGGAUCAAUUCGUGUCCAUUUAGCCACUUUGUGAGCCAUAGAUUGAUGUGACUGUAUCAUCACGGCUGGGUACAGAUUUUGUCUAUAGAACACUCAUAGCUACUCAAUGAUUUGCUGUUUUACUUUGGUACAUUAGCACAGUACAGAGUACUGAUAGCAGUGUCCGACACUUAAGGAAAGGAUGGCCUUUAUCCAGUGGACGUAAAAAAAGGAAAGUGGGAGGAUUUAGGACUGUUGACCAAUAGAAACGUCUUCUUUUCCACUGUCUGGAUGGACCACGCAGCCUGUUUAUUGAUGAGCGUUGUGGAGAAAAGAGUCCAACCUACAAACACAGUAUCAUUUUAGUUUUAUAAAUCUUUUUUUAAAUAUUGUUUUAUAUAAAUGUAUAAAAUCUUACAGAUUGUUAUUGGGUCAGAUUGUCAGGUAUUGAAGAUGACUAUUGAUGAGGGUGGCAGAUGUACUGUGUGUAAUUCUUCAUUGAAAGCGAUUUCAAAUCAGUUGCCUGUUUAUAUUUGAUGGCUGCAUCAGCCACUCUUGAGCUCUUGCUGGAAUUUUCAUCGUCCAAAGAGAAUGAUGAUCCUUUGGUGGACAGCUGAAGUGGCAAAUCAUUGAGCUUAAUUUUUGAAAGCCACAAAGAAAAUCUGAGUCACGAUUGCAGCACAAGCAUCUUUGUGGAAUGUACGCUUGUAAUGUUUAUGCUAGAGACAUUAUGCAAAAUCUGUUUGUAGCUUUAAGAUCAUUGUAUGUCUUUUUGGUGUUUUUUUUUUCUUCUUCUUUUCUGUAAUGUUUUGUCUGGCAGUCAGUCGACAUGCUAGCAGAACCUUAUACCUUUAACGGAUGGCCAGCCAAAUAGGGGCAGCGAGGGAAGGGCUUAUUUAUUUCACCAGACGAGACAACCUUGUAGUUCUGGACACUCUUUCAAACCAGUCUCUGCCAGUUUGCUCUUUUUUUUCUUUUCUUUUUUUGAAAGAGAAGAGGAUCAAUAAUUUUUCUGGAAAAAAAAAAGUUUAUAAAUGAAAUUGUAAAUGCAAUAUGCCACUGAGUAGAUUUUUAAGGAGGGACUGGUUUGCAACUGGAGACUGCGUUGACUGUUUUUUUGCCUUCAGACCAUUCAUAGUGAAGCAAGCGUAUUUUUAUCUUUUUUUCUAUUGGUUUUUAUUUUUUACACUUUUCUGAGGAAAACAUGGACUUUUUGAUUGACUCACUCAUUUUAAAAAAAUCUGUAAAGGUACAUUCAUUUUAUUAAUUUUUUUUUUUUUACCCAUGGCCAUGUUGAGAAAGGAAUAAUUAUAGGGAGGGAGAUGUGUAUGAGUUUAUGUCUUUAAAGACUGGGCAUUACAGUAAGAAGUGUAUUUAAUUUAAUUUUAUUUUUUUCUAUCAAGGCCCACAGCUGUUUCUACAGCAUAAUGUCAAA